AUGAAGAAAACCAUUCACAAAAACGAAAAACGUCGUAAUGAUCGUGAAUAUCCUUUCGAAAAGCAAGAGGAACAUAAAAAGAAACAUAAGAAGGACAAGAAGAAGAAACAUCAUAAACCACCUCAUCAUCCUCCAAAGCCUCCUCAUCAUCCAUAUGAUGCUCCACACGAUGGUCUAGAUCAUAAACUACCUCAUCAUCCAUAUGAUGCUCCACACGAUGGUCUAGAUCAUAAACUACCUCAUCAUCCAUAUGAUGCUCCACACGAUGGUCUAGAUCAUAAACUACCUCAUCAUCCAUAUGAUGCUCCACACGAUGGUCUAGAUCAUAAAUACCCACCCUCCACAUCCUCCUCACAAGGGUCCUCACCACAAGCCACCUCUCAUCCACCACACGAUGGUCCUCACGACGGUCCUCAUCACAAGCCACCUCAUCCACCACAUGAUGGUCCUCACGACGGUCCUCACGAUGGUCCUCAUCACAAGCGCCCCGAUGACAACAAACAAGUAUCAAACGACAAGUACAGUGACAUAUUUCAUAAAUAUUCCAAACAAAUCAUCGAAUCUGCUAGAAAAUUGAAAGAUAAUACACCAAAUGCUGCAGGAAAAGAUCAAGAUCAAGAUGAUCAAGAUGAUCAAGAUAUUAAAUUAGCUCCAUUAAUUACUCCAACUUUCGGUGAUGACAUCCACACUCAAGGAUUCAAACAUCCAAGAAUUUUACCAAAUAAAUAUAUCAUUGUCUUUAAGGAUUCCAUCAACAUCGAUGAAAUCUCAUAUCACAAGGAAUUAAUCUCUGAAAUUCAACAACAAUCUGCAUCAAGAUUACCACCACAUCACCAUUUCUUCCAUUCUACAUCAGAAGAAGAAGAAGAAUCUUUCAGAAAUGGGGGUAUAAUCUCCUCUUUCAACAUAAACAAUAUCCUCUCCGGUUAUUCAGGUUAUUUCACCCAAGAAGUAAUCGAUCUAAUAAGAUUAAACCCUCUAGUCAAAUACGUGGAACGUGAUUCCAUAGUCCAAACCACAGAAUUUAAUACUCAAAAUAACGCACCAUGGGGGUUAUCAAGAAUAUCCCAUAGAGAAAGAUUAAACUUGGGAUCAUUCAAUAAAUAUCUAUAUGAUGAUGAUGCAGGUAAGGGUGUAACUUGUUUCGUCAUUGAUACGGGGAUAAAUGUCAAUCAUGUAGAUUUCGGUAAAAGAGCUAUUUGGGGGAAAACUAUACCAUCAAAUGAUCAAGAUAUUGAUGGUAAUGGUCAUGGGACUCAUUGUGCUGGUACCAUUGCAUCCACUCAUUAUGGUGUUGCUAAGAAUGCAGAAGUGGUUGCUGUGAAAGUUUUAAGAUCAAAUGGAUCAGGCUCAAUGAGUGAUGUUAUUAAAGGUGUUGAAUUUGCUGCUGAAACUCAUUUAAAUAAUGAAAAAAAUAAGAAAGAUUAUAAGGGGUCCACAGCAAAUAUGUCACUUGGUGGUGGUAAAUCUCCAACUUUGGAUUUGGCUGUUAACGCUGCCGUGGAAGCUGGGAUUCAUUUUAGUGUUGCUGCAGGGAAUGAAAAUCAAGAUGCUUGUAAUAGUUCUCCUGCCUCGGCAGAAAAUGCCAUAACAGUAGGUGCUUCCACUUUAAGUGAUGAUAGAGCUUAUUUCUCUAAUUGGGGUAGAUGUGUCGAUGUCUUUGCUCCUGGUUUGAACAUCUUAUCCACUUAUGUUGGUGAUGGCAAUGAUAAUACUGCUACGCUAUCAGGAACUUCAAUGGCUUCACCUCAUGUAGCUGGGUUGUUGACUUAUUUCCUUUCUUUACAACCAGAUUCUAAAUCCGGGUUCUUUAAUUCAAAGAGUGAUGGGAAGAUUACACCUGAACAAUUGAAAAAGAAGUUGAUUGCUUAUUCGACAAGUGACAUCUUGUACGAUUUACCAGAUGGAACUCCAAAUAAACUGAUUUAUAACGGAGCUGGUGGUGACAUUUCCGACUUAUGGAACGGGAAAGUGCAAGAACAAGCGCACGAAGAACCAGCACAUGAGGAUAAGAUUAACUUUGAAAAUUUAGUCGAUUCAGAUUCUAUGAGUGGUAAGACAGAUUUAUUCUUUGAUCAAAUUAGAAACGUUUUCGAAAAGAUGAAUAUUAUCUAA